AUGGCGAGACUCACUGACGAUGCCGACUACGAUACCGGUGAAACGUCGGAGAAUGUCCCACGCCUACGGUCCGACUUUGGGAAUGAUCAUGCAUACAAUGGACUCCGGACUAGGUGCGUUCCUAUCUGUCUUCCUACCAAUAUGACCAAGUUGCGAAAACAAGGUCAACAAACCUCUAUGCAAUGA